CGGACGGUUGUGAGGGUGCCGUCACAUGGGGCGUAACUUGCGUAAGUGUAACUUGCGCCAACCAAUAUCGUUUUAGUGGAACAUCAGUUUCCGCCUAGUUACUUUACGCUUUUUACGUUAUUAUCGUUACGUCGAAUCCAAUUUCCUGCGUAAGAAACGCUGUGUGCAUGUAUUGGUAACACAUGUAUUAAAUAAGCAGAACAAAGUUGAAGGAUGGCUAAUGAAAUCACGACAAAACAAAAACUGCGACAGAUUUUACAUGUAAAGAUACAUUAGAUGAACUCUUGAUUGGAGCGGUGAAAACAAGGAGCGCUUUAUGACUAUAAUACACCUGCUUCAGAAAGAACCAAUUUACGCAAAAAUGCUUUGUGGCAAGAAGUUUCCAACAUUCUAGGAGGGGCUCUUACUUCAGAGGAGGCAAAGGCUCGAUGGAAAUAUUUACGAGACAACUAUCUAAAAGCUCGCAAAAAGGUCAAAGCUUAUAUUCCCAGUAAAUCCGCAGCUGAAACUGCUAAUGUAAAGAAACCUAAAUUCAGGUUUUAUGAUCUCAUGACAUUCUUGAAUGAUGUUUUCGAGAGACGGCAGACCGUCAGUUCAUUGUCAGACGUUGCUGAACAUAAAACAAAUGUAUUACCUGAGCAAUAUGAAGAUGAUACUGGAGCUUCAAAGUUUACCGAUAUUUCUCCUGAGACGUCGACUUCACCACUGAUGCUGAUUACCACUCGUGUACGAACGCUUACACCAACUUCCUUUAUUCCGCGGACCUCGACACCCAACAAUGUCUCUCUACAAACGUCAACUCUUGGUGUGACUUCACGAACACCGAUCAUAAAUUCGAAAAAAUUUUUGAAAACUGCUGAUUACGAUUUAGAUAUAUCCCAGCACAUUCCUGUAGCCAAAAAGAAAAAGAACGAUACUUUCCAAGAAGCUAUAAUAGAAGCGUUGAAAGAGCCAACAGUGCAGGCUGAUCCAUUAGAUGGAUUUUUAGCACGGUUGGGAGAAGGCAUGCAAAGGCUACCAUAUCGCGAUAGAGCUCGCCUAGAAAUACAAUUUUUGACAAUACUCGCCGAAAAAGAAGAUCUUUGUGCUAACAAAGAAUGAUCCAAGAAAAACUGAUUCGUGAAGAAUGUUCCACAAUUCCUCACAUGUCUCUGAAAUAAUCUUUGAGACAGUGUUUAUUCCAAUUCGAAAAGAAAAAGCUAUUGAACUCAUACUGUCUCCAGAGGCUAAAUAACGCAGACAUAUUAAAAGCCGGGUACGGGCUGGUAUUGGCUCUCGAAUGACAUUCUGUUUUGCAAUGCGUGGCUCAACAAUAUCUAAUAAUUGAUCGAAC